AUGGAUGUGUCGGCAUGGCAACCCAUUCCACCUCAAGAAAGAGAGGUCCCAACUUACACAAUAGCUUUACGAGAAUCAAAAGUGGAGGGUCCUCCAGCUCCCCCGUCUUCCGGAUUUUCGGUAUUCACCGGUCCGAGCGCCGGUCUUACUACUCUCACUACGAUGUAUCCCGGAUCAUCAGGACUAGGUACUUCAUAUCCUGUUGGUGGUUGUUGGCUUGACCCAAAGAGUGAUGGAGUACAAGCGACAUGUCUUCAAACACAAUAUGACUUGGAGGGAUUACAAUACACUUCUCUUCUCACAAGACUUCCACCACAAGCGCUCGGCAGUGGACAGAUACAAUUGUGGCAAUUUUUGUUGGAGCUUCUCGCUGAACCACAUUGCAAUGGUCACUGUAUAUCUUGGGAGGGUGGAAAUGGCGAAUUCAAACUGAUCGAUCCGGAUGAAGUGGCUCGAAAAUGGGGAGAAAGAAAAAGUAAGCCAAACAUGAACUACGACAAAUUGAGUCGAGCGCUGAGAUACUAUUAUGACAAGAAUAUUAUGACAAAGGUGCAUGGUAAACGUUAUGCUUACAAAUUCGAUUUCAACGGAUUGGCACAAGCUUGUCAGAACACGGUAAUCUCGGGUGGAGGAGAUCUAUCAUCGUUUACUCCAUAUCCUGCAGCAAGUAAACUGACCACUCCAACUGGUUAUCAUUUGCUCCAACCGGCCGACAGGACUUUCUUUGCUCAAACACUUCCUCCUCCAUACUGGCCGACACAGCCAACAUACUUCGAGACCUAUUACGAGCACAAAGACUCG